AUGACCGUGGACACUGCGGCCGUAUCAGAAAACAAGAAGAAUAAUCUAUCCAUCACGAAACGAGACCGACGAGAUGUCAUUCGGCAGGUGAGAGAAAUCACCGGGCUCGAUGAAAAUUCAAUCAAUCAAACAAUUGAAGCAUGCAAAGACGGAACUGGACGAUACUCACUUGAACAAGUGAUUAGCUUAUUGUUCGACGAUUCAAAUUUAAGAAAUAAUCUUCAACGAACGGCACAAGCUACCAAUAGCACAUCUCCGCCAGCAUCUAAUCUACCUGUAAAUAAUCCAUCUGCCGCAGGUCCGACUUACGAUCGAAGCAAUGACAUAAUCACAGAUGAUGUCAUUGAACUUUCACCAGAGAUCGAUAAUCAACAGCCAGCUGAUGAUGAAUUGGAACGUGCAUUGCUUCUAUCACGUGAAACAAUGGAACAAAUGAUCGAUGAAUCAGAUAUAGCGAAAAGAAAAUCUCUCGAUGAGCCAGCAGGCUUAAAAAAUGUUGGCAAUACAUGUUGGUUCAAUUCAAUUGUUCAAUCUCUUUACACUCUACCAUAUUUUCGACAAUUGAUUUUGAACUUUCAAUGUCCGACGAUCAAUCACUCGUUAACCGAUAGUGAACAACAAGCUCUGUAUUUCACAGAAGAAUUACGGUAUUUAUUUGCAUUGAUGUUGAAGUCACCACGACGAUCGAUCAAUCCUGAUCGUGCGAUUAAGAAAUUCAAGAAUACGAGAAAACUAUGUGGUGUAGACUUCUCACAUGAAGACUGUUCGGAAUUUGCAACACAUCUCAUCGAUCUUGUCGAACUUGCAUAUGAAACAAUUGGAAAAAAUUUAUUAAACAUUGAUAAUACAGCAUCGCUUAAUUGUAUUAAUCCUGUCAAUACACUGGUUACGGGUGAAGUGAAUGUCGAAAGAAAUGAACAUAUACCAAUCCGAGAAGCUUUAAGACAAAUAAAUAUUCAAAUGAUCGGCUCAACCAACAUAUACGACGGUCUUGAAACACUUUGGCUUGGCUCAGCUGAUGAAAGUCUUUCUAGUCAACAAACAAUAACUGAGCAACGAUGGCUAACACGAUUGCCACCUGUACUAUUCAUUUGCUUGAACCGUUAUCGGUUUUCUCAAGCGACUAAGCAGACGUCGAAAAUCAUUGCACCAUUUGAAUUCUAUCCUGAGCUUUAUCUCGAUCGAUACAUGUUAGUGAAUAAGAACAUCAUUUUGAACAAGCGUAAUAUUGCAAAGAAUCUAUAUGCUCAAUUGCAUGACCUGGAAUCGACGUUGAACAGUUAUUUGAAAUAUCCAUGUAAUGAUGAAUCGUUUGCACUUGCCAAUGCAAUUCGUGUUGUGUAUGAAUUUGCUACGGGUUGUCGACUUAAUCCGACAUUACCGAAAAGAACUGAUCAAGUUACACUUGAUCAAAAUACGACUAGUCGUUCACGACAACAUUCGACAGUUCCGAUUCAACCAUCGCACAUAUCAUCCGAAGAACUUCAAUUCAUUCAAAACACUUUGCCAACGUGGUUAACUGAAGUUGAAGCCAAAUGUGCCGGUAUUCGAGAAGAGAUUCGCCGUGUUAAAAGCGAACUAAAACAAUUAUAUGACGAAGCCCAGCUAAAACAAAUGCGUUAUACAUUACACGCUGUUUGUGUCCAUGAAGGAAGUGCAACACUUGGACAUUUUUGGACAUAUGUCUAUCAUAGUGAUCGACAAAAAUGGUAUCGAUACAAUGAUAAUGAAGUUUGUGAAACUACUUGGAACGAUGUGUUUGAUGCUGGAAUUGGUGGUCAACGAACACAAAACGAUCGUGACGAGCCUCGUGUACCUAGUGCAUAUCUAUUAGUGUAUAUUAAUGCCGAUCAAAAAUUAUUAUCGAAUGAUAUUCAAUUUGAGCUUCCGUCUGACCUUCAAAGAGUUCUUGACGAUGAUUUAGUUCUGUUACAGCAACAAAUAGAAAGUGUUCAUCUCGAGCAACUUCAAAAUGAAUUGAAGACCGUGUGUGAACGAAUUGAAAAACAGCAACCGAUUCAUCGUGCUCUGGCCAUUCCGUUUUUUGCUGGACCAAAUGCACCUUCCGAUUCGGAGAUCAUCAAGCCUGUACUUGAUUCGACAUUGCGUAUUCUAAAAGCCUAUGCACCUCGAAUCCUAUCCGUCGAAGUCGAUCGAUUGCUUCAGGAAAUUGUUGAUAAAGAAAUCAAAAUAUAUUCACAUACAGCAAAUAUCAUUACAUCAGCAUUACCUCAUAACGAUUAUCGUUUGCAACAUGUCUUGUCUUAUUUCUCAGCCAAUCGUGUCGGAACUAUCUAUCGACAACGUGCAAUGUAUGAUAUAAUUCGACUUACAUCUAUUCCGAAUGAUGAUACAAGGUUGAGAAUAUUCAAACUUCAAGCACAAAUUGUUUGUAAUGAUAUGCAAAUGUCUAAUGAUGAGGUUCAGGAAUAUCAAAAACUUUUGACGGAUUACAAAGACUUUCGAUCAGUCAUUGCUGCAUUUCUAGCUGGAUGUCAAUUGAUGAACGAAGAUAAAUUCGAAGAAGCGAUAACUUAUUUCUGUGUGGCAUGUGAAUAUAAUUUGCGUCUUUCUAAACAGUGUACAUUGCCCAUGCGAGCAAUGGAUAGUUGUCUACUGUUUCGAGCGCGUCGUUUGUGUUUUGAAAGAUGGAAUGAUGUUGUAAUUAAUCGCUUUAAAACUGAUCCAGAAUAUCGUCUCGACACAAUGACACACCAGUUUCUUCCAUGUCUAAUGCAAUUAAAGCUUAGUUCUGAAGAAGAUCAAGCUUAUAUCACAGAAAUUCAACGUAUAUGGUGUUUAUUACUUGAUAAAAUUGAACCAACAGAACGAACAUUAUCCUUGGAGGAAUUUCUCCAACGACUACUGGAACAACCGAUCGGUCAACAUUACCAUUCAGUGUCAAUUAAUAAACAUCAACUAGUUGAACGAUAUGAUGAAGCUGUUAGAGAUCUUAUUCAUCGAUAUCCCUCAUUCUCUGGCAACACUGUCGAGCAACAACAAUCGCAAUCUCCUAAUCGAUCAAACAGAGCGUCAGUUUCAAUUCCAGUUGUUAUACAUCAUCAUCAUCAACAACAACCACAACAACAGCAACAUCAUAAUCCUACACCUGAAACGAUGCCUACUAUCGAUCCACGUGGUUCAUCGCCCAUGCAACAAGAUAUAAGAGCGUAUACUUGGAAAAGAGAAAAAAAAAACGAAGCGCUAUAUCAUAUAAUACACUAUCCGCACGAGUCACAAGACAAGGACAUAAUAAUGGAAAGUUUCUUGGCUAAUCGACCCGAUGCACCAAGUCGGUGCACAUUUACAGUCAACGGUGAUAGAAGUAAAUGUCCGCAUAAUCUAGGUUCCAGACAAAAAUCUCUUCGGCAAAAGAUUUACAAUAAUGUUUUGGAAUUGAUUGGCGAUACACCACUUGUGCGUGUCAAUCGUUUGGCUCGUGAUUCAGGCGUUAAGUGCAAUCUCUUGGCGAAAUGCGAAUAUUUCAAUGCGGGUGGUAGUGUCAAGGAUCGUAUUGGAUUGCGUAUGGUUGAAGAAGCUGAACGUGAUGGUACCUUGAAACCAGGUGAUACUGUCAUCGAACCAACAUCCGGAAAUACAGGUAUUGGCUUGGCUUUGGCAUGCGCAGUCAAAGGUUAUCGAUGCAUCAUUGUCAUGCCCGAAAAGAUGAGCAAAGAAAAAGUUGAUGUACUUCGUGCAUUAGGUGCCGAGAUUAUUCGAACACCAACGAGUGCGUCAUUCGAUUCACCCGAAUCGCACAUAGGUGUGGCUCAUCGAUUGAAAAUGAAAAUACCCAAUUCGCACAUAUUGGAUCAAUAUCGAAAUCCUUACAAUCCAAUUGCUCACUACGAUACAACAGCAGAAGAAAUUCUCGAAGCGUGCAAUGGAAAAGUUGAUAUGGUUGUUGCAGGAGCUGGAACAGGAGGAACAUUAACUGGUCUCUCGAGAAAAUUGAAAGAAAAAUGUCCGAAUUGUAUCGUUGUCGGCGUUGAUCCUGAAGGUUCAAUUUUAGCUGCACCUGAAACGUUAAACAACACUGGAAUUACCUUCUAUGAAGUUGAAGGUAUUGGAUAUGAUUUCAUCCCAACGGUUCUCGAUCGAUCAUUGGUUGAUCGUUGGUAUAAAAGUUCGGAUCUGCCAUCUCUUCGAUGUUCUCGAAGAUUACUUAAAGAUGAAGGCAUGCUUUGUGGCGCUUCAUCGGGUUCGGCAAUGUCAUGCGCUAUUCAGGCAUGUAAAGAUUUCAAUUUAACGGAAAAUCAAACGUGUGUGGUUAUUCUACCAGAUUCAGUGCGAAAUUACAUGACGAAAUUUCUAAGCGAUGAUUGGAUGUACGAACGUGCUUUUCUCGAUGUCAAAGACGAGCCAAACAGCGAAUGGUGGCAUGCCAUUCAAGCAGUUUUGGAUAUUAUGCAUGAGCGAGGUUUCGAUCAAGUACCAGUGAUUUCCGAUGAUGGAGCUUUCACUGGUAUGACAACUAUGUGUGAAAUCAUGGCAAAAAUGUCACGUGGUUCAAUAAAAGCGCAAGAUCCAGUAUCGAAAGCUGUCACAGAUAAAUUUCGAACGGUGCAACUCGAUGAUACUUUGGCUAAACUAAGCCGUAUUUUAGAAGCACACAACUAUGUGAUCAUCAAAUUUGCUCAUGAUCAUUCAGAUCAGGAUACGGCAGUGCGACAAAGUAAAACGCACAUCUUUGGUAUUAUAACAAGUAUUGAUUUACUUGAUUACAUCGUCAAACAUAAUAAAUCAGGCGAACCCAUCAAUGGAGAAUCUGUAAAACAAAAUGGAAUUCAUUGUGGUGAUGCCAUAAGAUCAUCGGCUAUCGCAAAGGAAUGCGAAGCUUUGCAUUAG